CAUCUAUUUAAAAUUAAAACAAAAAAGAGGAAGAUCCAUGACAAUAAUUCCUGUGUCACGUCAUGAGGCAAGACCUUCAGAAAAAUGGUCAUGACCUUUGAGUUGUGACAUUCCAGAAAAGAAAAAAAAAAAUAGAACGAAUGGCCUAGGUUGGCGGCGAAUCUCCAGCCCUUCGAAGACGCGGGAAUUCAACAGGCCACGCCCACCCGUACGUUCGGGCGAGGGGAGGCGACGAGGCCACGGGAGUCAGCCGGAGGGUCAGUCUCGUCUGGGUGGCCGCCGCGUUCGGAUAGGAGUCAGCACUCACCACCGUCGUCCGCUACCAAUUCCCACCAUGAAGUCGUUAGCACUGACCAACGUCCUAUUCCUCCUCCACAUCGUCCUUGUCUCUGGGGCGCCUUUCAUUGCCAAGCGGUACAGGAAAACUCAAAGGGAAGACCAGAAUUACUGGAAUAACCUGGCGCAGAACGAGCUGAAGCGAGCCCUGGGCGUGGAGAAGAACACGAACGUCGCCAAGAAUGUUAUCCUGUUCUUGGGAGACGGCAUGAGCAUCCCGACCCUCACGGCUGCCAGGAUCUACAAGGGUCAGCAGAAGAAUCGCGGAGGAGAGGAAGGGCACCUUACUUUUGAAUCCUUCCGUCACAUGGGGCUCUCCAAGACAUACAACGUCGAUAAACAAGUACCAGACAGUGCUGGGACGGGCACAGCUUACCUAACCGGCGUCAAGACAAACUACAAGACGAUUGGUUUCGACGCCUCCAUCAAAUACAAUGAUUGUCAGACUAUGUACGAGGACAAUAAGGUGUUUUCCAUUGCCAAGUGGGCCCAAGAUGCCGGCAAGAGGACAGGUGUUGUGACUUCUACCAGAGUGACCCAUGCCACGCCAGCGUCCACCUAUGCUCAUGUCGCGAACCGAGACUGGGAAUGUGACGGCUCUAUUACGGCUGAAGACAUGGAAAAAUGCCCCGAACUGAAGGACAUCGCGAGGCAGUUGAUCGAAGAUGAGCCCGGCUUUUCUCUGAACGUAAUCAUGGGUGGCGGUUACCAGAACUUUGUCGCCAACGCCACGGACAGACCCAAUGACCCCUUGGACAACCAGUGGGCCAGCUGCAAGAGGAAUGAUGGGCGAGACCUGGUCAAGAGCUGGCUGCAAAAGAAGCACGAAAGUGGAGUCAAGCACCAAUUCGUCCGGACCAAAACAGAACUGAAUGAUAUCGACACCUCGGACAUCGAAUAUCUCUUUGCACUGUUUUCCAACGGCCACAUGCCCUACGAGCACGAGAAGAAGAGCCUGGACCUGGACGUGCCAACGCUGGCCGAAAUGACUGAAAAGGCGAUCGAGAUCCUCUCAGCUCAAAACAACGGCUUCUUCUUGCUGGUUGAGGGUGGCCGCAUUGACCACGCCCACCACGACACCCUAGCUCACCGCGCCCUUGACGAGGCCGUAGCGAUGGAUGAAGCUAUUGAAAAGGCCUUGGACCUCACUAGUGAAGAGGAUACGCUCAUCGUUGUCACCGCUGACCACGCGCACACCAUGUCUAUCAGUGGCUAUCCCAGUCGUGGACAGGAAAUUAUUGGCCUCGCCGCUCUGGGUGACGAUGGCCUGCCAUACACCACACUCAUGUACGCCAACGGACCCGGCUACAACUACACCACCGUCAAGGAUGAGAGUGAGGGCGGGUACCUAGUGUCCCGCUGGAACAUCUCGCAGGAAGUAGCAACAGGAUGGGACUACACUCAGCUAGCGGCCGUACCCAGGAACUCAGAGACCCACGGCGGUGAUGACGUUGCUAUUUAUGCCAACGGUCCUAUGGCUCACCUGUUCCACACUCUUCACGAGCAGAACUACAUUGCCCACGCCAUGGGAUAUGCAGCAUGUAUUGGAGCUAAUCAAGACCAUUGCAAGAGUCAGAGUACUACGACCGAACUGUAUACUGAAACAACCACUGCUGGUGGAUCAACAGCUGCUGCACUUCCUGGUGUGGUUCUAGCGCUGCUCUCAGCUUUGUGGUUACAGCACUGAAUGUGCCACUUUCCACGUCAUACCAUUUAAAUUAGAAUAUGCGGUUUUAUCUUCCAAAUACUUGAAACACAUUGGUAAUUUCGAGACCAGUGACAGCAGCUAACUGACAGAAUGUGAAAUUUCAAGACCAGUAACAGCAGCUAGUUUAUUAAUUCCUACAUCAGAAUUACAAACUUAUUGCACUAGUUAUGAGAAGCACUGCAUUUACACUAAUUUUAUAUUUCUUAUUGUAAGAAAUAAGAUAUUAUGUGAUUUUCAGUAUGAAUUAUCUGACAUAUUUGAAUUAAAGAACAGAUGUUAUUAUUUCCUUUUGAUAUUUUUAUGUGUAUGGGAAAUUCUUUGUCCGUUCUUGUUGCAUAGUAACUGGAUAUUAUGCAUUUCUAACAUAAGGUACAAGUGUCAAGUGUCCAAUGGUGCUAAUGAGGGGCCAAAUACUUAUUAAGGUAACUGAAAACUGGUGCUACUAUCUUUAAAACUUGAGUGUUAAAAUGGUUUGUGUGAAAUUUAGUGUCUCAGGUAUUACUUUGGCAGGAGUUAUGGUAGCUUGUGAAGAAUCGCAAGGAAAA